AAAAGGGGGGCGCAACAGGAUGCGCCCGAGGUCUGUAGCCUGCAGCGCAAAUUAACAGAGGCAACCAACUGACGGGGUGGCGAUUUGACGACGUCACGACGAUUUGCGGCAGACAGUGGGUUCCGAACAACAAUUAAUUUUCUAUAUAUGUAAAACAAACAUUUUUGGGGACCCAAAAGCCCACUUCGGAAGUGAUUGACCUACAAUGGCGCCUCGUUCAGAAUCGGGUCUGCUGCUGGAAACUCUGAAGAAGCUGGGCAAAUCUGAUCUGAAGACUUUUCAGUGGCACCUGAUAAAGGGUGAUGUGUUGGAUGGCCUCUGCUCUAUCCCAAAGGCAGAGUUGGAGUUUGCUGACAGGGAGGACACUGUGGAUAAAAUGGUGGAAACGUACACGGCAAAGGAUGCUGUGAAGAUCACACUGGCGAUUCUGAAGGAGAUUAGACAAGUAAAUCUUGCCAUGGAGUUAAAUGAUGAGUACACAGCUCUAGCUCUAGCUCUAGCAGGAGGUCCAGGCCAAGUUGGGGAAGCAGGUGCAGGGAGGGGAUCUUCUGCUGUCCAACCCAUCACAAUCUCAGCUCAGAAUGGGGGCUUUGUCUUUUCUCCCAUAAUGACUGGUAACACUGUUGCUGGAUCAAUCCAUUUCCCUACAGGCCCUGCAGCAUCCCAACAUCCCAGGCCCUGAAAGAAGAAGACCAUUUCUGAUGUCAGACCUGGAGGGAUUAACCACCUCCUAAUACACUGCCAUAUCCAUAAUUGGCUACUUCAUUCAGUUAUAAAUGUUUAAUAAAUAAUGCAAAUUAUCAUAGUUUUCUACAUAAUUGUAUUAGAUUUUUUUUAAAAUAUAAUAAUAUUACAACAUGAAUUAAAAAAUACAUUCCAAUGAAA